AUGUACCUGAGACCCCGGAUUCCCCAUGGCUCAUUCAAAAUUUCGAGAGGGCCGGUUGCCGCACACGGAGCUUGCGGUGAUAACAUCGCACUCCUGACAGCGAUCAUGCGGCCCAUUGGGCUUUCCAGACGAUCUGGCGGUAUCCUCCUGAGGAUACCGCAGGCCCAAGCACUUCGCUCCUGCGCUGGCCGUCGACUUUACACGACAGGCCCUCCGCUCCCGCCUAUUUACGAAAAGCUCUACUCGAAUUAUAGGCUUGUGCGCAAGGUUCUGGGCAAGCAGCGGCUUACGCUGGCGGAGAAGAUUCUAUACAGUCAUCUGGACGAUGUCGAGGCGUCGCUCCUGACCGGCACCAAGAACGGUACCGACAUCCGCGGCAAUGCAAACCUGCAGCUGAAGCCCGAUCGGGUUAACAUGCAGGACGCUUCUGCACAGAUGGCCCUGCUGCAAUUCAUGUCUUGCAAUCUUCCGCAAACAGCCAUUCCGGCGAGCAUUCAUUGUGACCACCUGAUUGUCGGCGAAAAGGGUGCGGCUGAGGACCUGUCGUCGGGCAUCAACAUGAACAAGGAGGUUUUUGACUUUCUAGAGUCCGCCGCUAGGAAGUAUGGCUUGGACUUUUGGCCACCUGGGGCGGGCAUCAUCCACCAGACUGUGCUGGAGAACUAUGCGAUCCCCGGGAUGAUGAUGCUUGGCACAGACAGUCACACCCCCAAUGCUGGUGGCCUAUGUACCAUCGCGAUUGGUGUUGGCGGUGCCGAUGCCGUCGAGGCCCUUGUCGGAGCGCCAUGGGAGCUCAAGGCACCGAAGAUACUCAACGUCCACCUUACCGGAAAGUUGGGCGAGUGGGCGUCUCCUAAGGACAUCAUCCUCAACCUGGCGGGUCAGCUUACCGUACGGGGAGGUACCGGCUACAUCAUCGAGUACUCGGGCCCGGGAGUCGAUACACUCAGCGCUACUGGCAUGGCGACGGUGACGAAUAUGGGUGCUGAAGUCGGCGCCACGACUUCCAUAUUUCCCUACACGCAGGCUUCUGCUCGCUAUCUCAAAUCGACGAGGAGGGAGGCGGCGGCGAACGCUGCCUCGACGCUACAGACGUAUCCUGGUGUCGGCGCUGGUGACGAUCAGUACUUCAGGUUUGAGGCAGACAAAGGCGCCGAGUUUGAUCAACAGGUUAAUAUCGAUCUCUCGACUCUGGAGCCGCACAUCAACGGGCCGUUUACGCCCGAUCUUUUGACACCCCUCUCCAAGUUCAAGGAGACGAUCAAAACGGAGGGCUGGCCGGAGACAUUAUCAGCGGGCCUGAUAGGCAGCUGUACUAACAGCUCCUAUGAGGACAUGACGCGCGUAGAGAGCAUGCUCAAGGCAGCUGGCGAAGCCGGCCUCAAGCCAGCCGCAGACUUCUAUAUCACACCAGGCAGUGAGCAAAUCCGCUCUACACUGGAGCGUGAUGGGACCCUAGAGACUUUUACUGAUGCGGGCGGCAUUGUCCUUUCGAAUGCAUGUGGCCCGUGUAUCGGCCAGUGGAAGAGGCAGGACGAUAUUCCCAAAGGACAGCCGAAUGCCAUCCUCACAUCAUACAACCGCAACUUCCGCGGCAGGAACGACGGCAACCCGGGAACGAUGAACUUCCUCGCGUCUCCUGAAAUCGUGACAGCUAUGGCGUUUGCAGGGUCGACGACCUUCAACCCAGUCACGGACAGCCUCAAGACCCCAGACGGCAAGGACUUCAAAUUCCCCCCUCCGCAAGGACUUGAGGGCCCCGCAGCGCCCUUCGACUCGGGCGUCGAGGAACUCCUGCCGCUUUGCCAGCAACCCAACCCAGAAGUCGAGGUCAAGAUUUCGCCAACUUCGGAGCGCCUCGCCCUCCUGGAGCCUUUCGAUCCCUUUCCGGACCACGACCUUAAGGGGCUUCGGGUCUUGGUCAAGGUCACGGGCAAAUGCACGACGGACACCAUAUCUGCGGCCGGACCUUGGCUAAAAUACAAGGGUCACCUACCCAACAUUAGCACCAACACCCUCAACACCGCCAUAAAUGCAGCGACCGGUGAGGUCAAUGCAGCCUACGAUCUCGACGGCAGCAAACACACGAUCCCGGACCUUGCGGCGCGUUGGCGAGCGGCCGGGCGGGAGUGGGUUGUGGUCGCGGAGCACAACUACGGCGAGGGUAGUGCGCGCGAGCACGCUGCGCUGCAACCGAGAUAUCUCGGCUGCCGGGCCAUUGUGACCAAGUCAUUUGCGCGCAUCCACGAGACGAACCUCAAGAAGCAGGGUGUGGUGCCUUUGACUUUUGCGGAAGAGCUCGACUAUGACAAGAUUGAAGCGGGUGAUGAGGUUGAGAUCGUGGGUCUAUACGACAUGCUCAAGAAUGGCGGGCAGGGAGAGGUGCAGCUGAAGGUUACAAAGGGCGACGGAAGUGAGGUGAUGAUUCCAGUGAAGCAUGCUGUCAGCAAGGACCAGGCUGGGUUCAUCCUGGCGGGCAGUGCCUUGAAUAUGCUGUCGAAAAGGAACUAG